CACAGAUGCCUUAGAAAUAUUGCUUGCAUCUACUGGGAUCACUGGGUGAGUAAUAUUGAGGUUAGACGCUGGGUAUUAGGGAAUGAUGGUAAAGCAGUUGGUGAGGUUGUGAAUCUUCAUUGACUGGGAUGGUUACAUACGCCUGAACACCGACCACUACGAUGCGCAACGCUGACUAGUGUUGUAAACGGAUGGAAGGAAGUUGGGGGCGACAUAACCAGAACGUGACAUCAAUCCAUAAAGUUACUAACUUGUGGUGUGAGCCAUGUUAAUAGAAGUGGACUAAUUAGUUGGGGUCCGCGUGACAUGGCUGAGAAUCGACCACAAUGGCAUAGGUGUAUAAACUUUCUGUCUUCCCUUAAAAUCUGAGAUUAAAAUUGCUUCAUAUCUUUCUACCGACUAAUUCUUUCUUUCUGUACUACAUCCUUAUAUGCAAUCUUUCCUUAAUACAUUACUACCAUCGAAGUAACUACUUCUCUGAAUUCGGUGUUCAUCUUGUUGUGCUAAGGAGGUAUGGCAACUUCGACCGAUGCAUAUACGUGCCUGGUCCUACGAUGUAACUGGUUGACUGUACGUCAAGAUUAUGUAUGAACCAAUUGAAAUCUGUGCCACUACAUAUAUUUAUUUAUCUAUUUAUUUAUUUAUCUAUAUACCUACACACAUUUUAUAUCUGAAGCCAAGUUACUAAAUUAUCACUUCAUCACAUUUUUAAAUAAGGUCAAAAGUAUGACACUCUUGUUGAUAUAAAUAGUGUCUGUUUUGGAAUUAGAAAUUAAUACAAGGUAGUAAACGGCUACUCAAUUCAUUCGCACACAUAUUAGAAAUCUUUUAGAGAAUAAUGGCGUCCGAACAUAAAGCAGUAGUGAAAAAUGCCGAUAUGUCAGAUGAUAUGCAACAAGAGGCUGUUGAUUGUGCUGCACAAGCUCUAGAGAAAUAUAGUGUGGAAAAAGAUAUAGCAGCAUUCAUUAAGAAAGAAUUUGACAGGAAAUACAAUCCUACAUGGCAUUGUAUUGUUGGGAGAAAUUUCGGAAGUUACGUGACGCAUGAAACCAAACAUUUCAUCUAUUUUUAUCUUGGAGAUAAUGCGUUUCUUCUAUACAAAUCCGGUUAAGUUGGAGGAAACCGAAAAUUCAAAAGAAAUAUUAACAGAAACUAAUUCAAACAUUGUAAUACACAUCUGCUCAUUCUGCACACAAAUCAACUCAAUCGUCUUCCCAAACACGAUCUUCUGUAUUACUCAUCAAUUCCCGAAUUCAUCUUCACAAGAACCAACACAGAAUAAUAUACAGUUUGAACGAAGACCACAAAACAGAACAGAAU